AUGUCUUCUUCCGAGUCUCUCAAAGGCUCUCAAAGUCGCGUCGCAGGGCCUGCGUUCUACUGUCUGCGGGCAUACAUCGAUAUCGCCCAGUUCAUGCUUCCCAGCCUCACUCAAAGCUCUUCUCUCGACUUCAUCUCAGAUGCUAGCAGUCGUUUAGAUGAAAUGACACGUGGACUCAGCCUGCCUAUGGUUUGGCGAUCGGGCGACGAGGAAGUGAAGCUAAUGAACGAGGUCUCUCCCUAUUACGAAGCCUUCUACUCAGAGUCCGCCGUGGAUGUGUACGUAUCUAACGGCCACUCGGAGGCUUAUGUCGAGCAUAGAGCCAAGGCAGCUGGAAGAGAACCAUCUAGUUGCACUAGUACUAUAUCGAGUCAAAUCUCUCCAUCAACAAGACAGACCGUGCUCAAUCUCCAACUGGCCAUAUGCCAUUGCCAUCAACCCGCCGCUUUGUACAAAGUACAAGCUGUACAGCCUGACUUCGUUCGCGAACAAGAUGCGCACCUCUGGGGCCUCGAACUCGGUGUGGAAAAAGCAACCCUCCCCUCCUCCGACUACUACGGUGGCUCGCAAGCGACCCUACGCGCCGAUGCCCCUCGUCAAGUUAACACCUUUGGUGCGACCUCCCCCAAGCGAGCCUCGUCCUCCGUCCCCUCCGGUCAUCAGGCUGGCACCGGAAGUCGUGCCUCACUCCGUCAGGGUCCCGCAUCUGCCGCCCAGCAUCGCGUCUUCAUCCCUUUUGCGAUACGCUCCGAGCAAGCCGAUACCCCGGCCACCUUUCGAAGCAGUACCAGCUUCGACAAUCAGCCGCAUCGUCUCGCACACCCGGCGCCUCCGCACCACGCGUCCUCACCCAGUCCGCCACCAAGAGCUACUUAG